GGUACUCGAAAGGUUUAGAACCAAUGUCCUCUCCUCUUGUUGUAAUUUUUAUGGGCUCCAAGAGUGAUCUUUCUCAUUGUGAGAAGAUCGAGAAAGCUGUCAAGAACCUUGGCAUCAACUGCGAGAUGCGAAUCGCCUCGGCUCACAAAACUCCGGCUCGCCUGUUGGAACUCCUGGAGAGAUACGAGGCUAAGAAGCAGCCCAAGGUGUACAUCACGGUGGCUGGACGUUCGAACGCUCUGAGCGGUUUUGCUGAUGCGAACGUCACGACCCCUGUGAUUAUUUGCCCUCCCUACAGCUCUUCCUUCAACGGUGCGGAUCUGUACUCUUCGAUCCGUAUGCCCUCGGGUGUGUGCCCGAUGCUGGUGCUGGACCCUGAGAACGCCGGUAUGGCUGCGGCGAAGAUCCUUGCUCUGAGCGACGAGUCGAUCGCCCGUCGUAUCCGCAAGAUCCAGAAGGAGAACCAGCAGACUCUGUUCGUGGCGGACUCGGACAUCCGCACGAAGUCGUAUCUGAGCAAGAUCGACCAGGCUCGCUGCAACACGCUUUCGAAGACGAACCUGGAGGGCAUCAACGUGCAGAACCUGUACAUCGGUAAGGUGCGUGACCGCUUCGAGUGCAACGACAAGGUGGUGCUGAUCACCACGGACCGCAUGUCGGGCUUCGACCGCCAGCUGUGCACGGUGCCGUUCAAGGGCCAAGUGCUGAACCUGACCUCGGCGUGGUGGUUCAAGCAGACGGAGCACAUCGUGCCGAACCACGUGCUGGCGAUCCCCGACGCGAACGUGACGAUCGGGCGCAAGUGCACGCCGUUCCCGAUCGAGUUCGUGAUGCGCGGGUACAUCACGGGCUCGACGUCGACGUCGCUGUGGACGAACUACCAGAACGGUGUGCGCAAGUACUGCGGCAUCGACCUGCCCGAGGGCCUCAAGAAGAACCAGAAGCUCUGGGAGAACCUGAUCACGCCGACGACGAAGUCGGACGAGCACGACGAGCUGAUCUCUCCCGAGGACGUGGUCAAGCGCGGCUUCAUGAGCCAGGAGGACUGGGACUACUGCGCGCAGAAGGCGCGCGAGCUGUUCGCGUUCGGACAGAAGGUGGCGGACGAGCACGGCCUGAUCCUGGUGGACACGAAGUACGAGUUCGGCAAGGACGAGAACGGAAUGAUCCGCCUGAUCGACGAGAUCCACACGCCCGAUUCUUCGCGCUACUGGAUCUCCUCCACCUACGAGGCGCGCUUUGCCGCCGGCGAGAACCCCGACAACAUCGAUAAGGAGUUCCUGCGCACCUGGUACCGCACGCACUGCGACCCCUACAAGGACGAGGUGAUCCCCGAGGCCCCCGCCGACCUGGUCAACGAGCUUUCGCGACGCUACAUCCAGCUCUACGAGCUCAUCACCGGAGAGGACUUCCGCUUCCCGGAGGACGGGCGAAAUGCGGCCGAUCGCAUCCAUGACAACGUCGUUGCUAACCUUUAAUCGGGUUCCAUAGAGAAAAGAGAAUUGAUCGCUACCUUACUACUUCUU